CAACUUGGGCCUACCAGCACAAGAGCGGAGGGAAGCCUGUGAAACCAAGUCUGAAACCAAGCCUUCAUCACCUGUCAAGAGGGCCCCCGAAGCUGCUGUCCUGACUGCCCAACACCCUUUUGGGCUGGGACCCACCAGGAGUUUACUCCAUGCCGUCCAUACACCUGUGGGGACACGCGGGAUGGGGAGAACCUGCGGGCCCCCGAGCCAACCACUGAGAUUGGGAGGCUUCAUGGAAACAAGGCAAGGGCCCUCACUAAGGCCCGGAGCCGGAAAG